UGACUUGGCCUAUUUUUUUUUUUUUUUUACUGGCGGUGUCAAGAACCCCGAAAAGCCAGUAUGUUGAGGACUGGGUACUAAUCGGAUGCACAUGAGCUAAUUUUGUUCUGGAAGCCUGUAAUAAAAGAUGACAGUAUCUUCUUUAGGGGAGGCGAUGUUUGUUUUGUUUGCCUUCAUUCCUUUACAGGACUGGCUGUUUGUAGAUGGAGGAUUAUCAGCAAUGAAGUAACAGAUUAACCAAAACACGUUUACUUUUCAAAGAGGAAGAAAUUCUGGUUUAAAGCACCAGAGCUGGAGUUUAUCGGGGUUUCUUGCUCGGAUGAUCUGAGCAGACGGAUCUAAGUGAAGAUGCGGAGUCGGAGUAAUUCAGGAGUGCGGCUGGAUGCGUUUGCGCGACUCGUCAGUGAGACCAUCCUGUGCUAUCAGAACCCAGUGACAGGUUUGCUUCCGGCCAGUGCACAGCAGAAAGAUGCCUGGGUUAGGGAUAACGUUUACAGCAUCCUGGCGGUGUGGGGACUCGGAAUGGCGUAUCGCAAGAAUGCAGACCGUGAUGAGGACAAGGCCAAGGCCUAUGAGCUUGAACAGACUGUGGUCAAGCUGAUGCAGGGACUGCUGCAUUGCAUGAUGAGACAGAUGGAAAAGGUGGAGAAGUUUAAACACACACAGAGCACCAAGGACUGUCUGCACGCCAAGUACAACACGUCCACUUGUGCAACAGUGGUUGGGGAUGACCAGUGGGGGCACCUGCAGGUAGACGCGACAUCACUGUAUCUGCUGAUGCUGGCGCAGAUGACGGCAUCCGGUCUGCGUAUCAUAUCGAACCUGGAUGAGGUGGCUUUUAUACAGAACUUGGUGUUCUACAUUGAAGCUGCUUAUAAAGUUGCUGAUUAUGGCAUGUGGGAGAGAGGAGAUAAGACAAACCAGGGGAUUGCUGAAUUAAAUGGGAGCUCUAUUGGAAUGGCAAAGGCUGCUCUGGAGGCCAUUGAUGAACUUGACCUAUUUGGAGCCCAUGGAGGCCCCAAAUCAGUGAUCCAUGUUCUACCAGAUGAAGUGGAGCAUUGCCAGUCAAUCCUGUGCUCCAUGCUGCCACGAGCCUCUACAUCUAAGGAGAUCGAUGCUGGUCUGCUCUCGGUUAUCUCCUUCCCUGCGUUUGCAGUUGAGGACGCUGACCUGGUCAACAUUACCAAGAGUGAGAUCAUCUCCAAACUGCAGGGACGUUAUGGGUGCUGCCGGUUUAUUAGGGAUGGCUACAAGACCCCAAAAGAGGAUCCUUCUCGGCUUCAUUAUGACCCAGCAGAACUGAAGCUGUUUGAGAAUAUUGAAUGUGAAUGGCCAGUCUUUUGGACUUAUCUCAUACUGGAUGGUGUUUUUAAUGGCGAUCUUGUACAGGUGCAGGAAUACAGGGAGGCUCUGGAGGGCGUCUUGAUCCGAGCUAAACAUGGCAUCCGGCUGAUGCCUGAGCUUUACGCUGUACCUGCUGACAAGGUUGAAGAUGAGUACAGGAACCCUCACAGUGUGGAUCGUGUAGCUACAGGCCAGCUGCCUCACUUAUGGGGACAGUCUCUCUAUAUUCUGAGCAGCCUGCUAGUGGAGGGAUUUCUUGCUCCUGGAGAGAUAGAUCCUCUAAACAGAAGGUUCUCUACUGACUUCAAACCAGAUAUUGUUGUCCAAGUCAGUGUAGUUGCAGAAACGGAGGAGAUCCAGGCACUGCUCAGGGAGAAUGGAAUAGAGGUGCAGACUGUGUCCGAGGUCCAGCCCAUCCGAAUCAUGUCAGCUCGUAUUCUGAGCCACAUCUACGUCAAGCUGGGAAACUGUAGGAAGCUGAAUUUGACUGGGCGGCCGUAUCGACACAUUGGUGUUCUUGGGACUUCCAAGUUCUAUGAGAUCAGGAAUCAUACCUACACUUUUACCCCACAGUUCAUUGAUCAGUAUCAUUUCUACCUGGCUCUGGAUAAUCAGAUGAUAGUGGAGAUGCUGAGGACCGAGUUGGCCUACCUCUCUUCCUGUUGGCGGAUGACUGGCAGACCCACGCUCACUUUCCCGAUUACACAAAGCAUGCUGGUGGAGGACGGUGAAAGCAUCGACCCUUGCAUCCUAUCCACUUUGAGAAAGCUUCAGGAUGGCUAUUUUGCAGGAGUGAGAGUUCAGAUGGCAAACCUCUCCACAUUCCUCACUACCUCCUUCCACACCAAGCUCAGCUUCAUGGACGCUGACUCAGAGGAGAACCUUGAAGAUGAAGAUGAAGAGGAUGACUACAAUGAAGAUGAAGAAGAUAAAGUUUAUAGUUUUUCCAACAGUGGAGGUUCCAAAGAUGUGCUCGACCAGUACUUCGCCCACUUCCUGCAGAGCACAACCACAAACUCGCAUCUCCCUCCCAUCCAGAAGGGGCAGCACCAUGUUUUCAGCGCUGAGCACACCACCAGGGACAUCCUGACGCUCAUGGCUCAGGUUCAGGGCCAUAACAUGCCUAAGGCGUCUAUGUAUUUACCUGUGGUUCCCAUCAUGAACAAACACAGGAAGUCUUUGAACCUGCUGGAACUCCCACAUCCUCAACAACACCACAAGGAUCCUGCUCCAGACCUUCACCUGCCCCGUGAUGCUCAAGGCAACACAGACUUUACUGCACUCGUGAAUCACCUGAAGGAAUGCCCCACGUUACAGGACCAGGCUGAUAUUCUUUAUAUCCUCUACGCUAUGAAAGGUGCAGAGUGGAUGGUGAAUAUAUCAGGGCAGAAAGGCGUCACAGUGCGUACUCUGCUUGAGGAGCUGUACGUCAAGGCGGGAGUGUGCAAAGAGUGGGGACUUAUUCGGUACAUCUCGGGCAUCUUGAAGAAGAAGGUGGAGGUUUUAGCUGAGGCCUGUACUGAUCUGAUCUCGCAUCAAAAGCAGCUGACAGUGGGUCUUCCUCCAGAGCCAAGGGAGAAAAUCAUCACUGUUCCUCUCCCACCUGAAGAACUGAAGAAUUUAAUCUAUGAGGCCAGCGGUCAGGAUAUAAGCAUUGCGGUACUUACCCAGGAAAUCAUGGUGUACCUAGCGAUGUAUGUGCGCUCCCAGCCGAAUCUGUUCGGAGACAUGCUGCGCCUGAGGAUAGGCCUCAUCAUGCAGGUGAUGGCCACCGAGCUUGCUCGUAGCCUCCAGUGCUCAGGCGAGGAGGCAUCUGAAGGUUUGAUGAACCUCAGUCCAUCAGACAUGAAGAAUCUGCUUCAUCACAUCUUGAGUGGUAAAGAGUUUGGAGUGGAGAGGAGCGUGCGUCCCAUUGAGUCCAUGGCCACCAGUCCAGCCAUCUCCAUCCAUGAGCUCGGACACACAGGAGCUACCAAAACCGAACGCACAGGCAUCAGGAAGUUGAAGUGUGAAAUCAAACAGAUCUUUACUGGCGGUUAUCCCACUGGCAGUAAUGUCACAUCCCCCCGCUCCACGAGGUGUAGCAGUCCUUCGACCCCCAGUGGCGUCAUGUCGCCCACAGGUACAGGAGACUCACGUCUGCAGUGGGAAGAGCGCCAGGGGCAAUGGCUGAGGAGACGUCGCCUGGAUGGCGCUAUUAAUCGAGUGCCCAUGGGUUUCUACCAGAAAGUAUGGAAGAUCCUGCAGAAAUGCCACGGCCUCUCAAUCGCAGGAUACGUUUUGCCCUCCUCUACAACCCGUGAGAUGACAGAGGGAGAGAUCAAGUUUGCUGUGCAUGUGGAGUCCGUGCUCAAUCACGUUCCUCAGCCCGAGUACCGGCAGCUGCUCGUGGAGGCCAUCAUGGUGCUCACACUGCUGGCCGAUAUGGAGAUCCCCAGCAUCGGUGGAAUUAUUCACAUCGAUCGGAUUGUUCAGAUGGCAAACGAAUUCUUCUUGCAGGACCAGAAAUCGAGCGGGGCCAAUGAGUUUUUCCUGGAGAAAGAUCCUGCCACAGGAAUCUGCAGCUACUUCUACGACAGUGCCCCCAGUGGCAGCUACGGCUCUAUGACCUAUCUGUCCAAAGCCGUGGUCACGUACGUUCACGACUUCCUCCCCAGUGGCAGCUGUCUGAUGCAGUGAGAAAAGCAGCUUCAGGAACCUCACUGCUGACCUGGGAUCAGUGAAUUUAAUCGCAGUCCUGCGUUUCACAGCUGUGUGUCAGAUCAGCAGGAGAGAGGCAGUCUGACUGGUGGAGAUUCCUAAAGAGCAAGAAGUAGAUCACUUUAGACCACUGUGAAGCUAAUUUUACUAACUGUAUCUGUUAUUAAGUAGCACGUACUAUUAUAUGUAUUUAUUUUGACAUUGCUAGCCUUAGUAAAUUAAUUACUUUUUUAAUUUAAAUAUUUAAUAAUUUAUCAUUUUAUUCCACAAUUUCAUCAGACCUCAGCAGUGACCAGUAAACUAUAUAAUAUUAUGGUGAAAACACAAUACCUCCAUGUAUAUGCUCUGUUGUAUUGCUCUCUCUUUAGUUAUUAAUGCGCGUGCCUAAUGUUUGUUUUAGCACUUAUUGCUCAUGGAUACACUGUGUUAAUGUAACGCUGAUUAACAUACAGUGGCAUGCAAAAGUUUGGGCACCCUUUCUUAAAAUGUCUGUUACUGUGAAUAGUUAAGUGAGCAAAAGAUGAACUGAUCGCCAAAAGGCAUAAAGGUAAGAUGUUUUUGGCAAGAUUACAUUUUUAUGAAGAAAAAGCUUGGGCACCCAACAUGGUCAGUACUUAGUAACACCUCCUUUGGCAAGUAUCACAGCUUGUAAACACUUUUUUUUGUAGCUAGCGGAAUUUUUCAGUUCUUACUUGGGGGAUUUUUGCCCAUUCAUCCAUACAGAAGGCUUCUAGUUCUGCAAGAUUCUUGGGCCUUCUUGCAUGCGCUGCUCUUUUGAGAUCUAUCCACAGGUUUUCAGUGAUGUUCAGGUCGGGGUGGGGGGGACUGUGAGGGCCAUGGCAAAACCUUCAGCUUGUGCCUCUUGAAGUAUUCCAUUGUAGAUUUUGAGGUGUGUUUCGGAUCAUUGUCUUGUUGUAGGACCCAUCCUCUUUUUAACUUCAACUUUUUUACAGAUGGUGUGAUGUUUGCUUCCGGAAUUUGCUGGUAUUUAUUCAAAUCCAUUCUUCCCUCUACUAAUGAAAUGUUCCUUGUACCACUGGCUGCAACACAACCACAAAGCAUGAUCAAUCCACCCCCAUGCUUAAUAGUUGGAGAGGUGUUGUCUUCCUGGAAUUCAUGACCCUUUUUUUUUCCCUCUCCAAACAUACCUUUGCACAUUGUGGCCAAAAAUGUUCUAUUUUGAUUUCAUCAGUCCAGAGGACUUGUUUCCAAAAUGCAUCAGGCUUGUUUAGAUGUUCAUUUGCAAACUUCAGAUGUUGAAUUUUGUGGCUAGGAUGCAGGAAAGGUUUUCUUCUGCUAACUCUACCAUGAAGGUCAUAUUUGUUCAGGUGUCGCUGCACAGUAGAACAGUGCACCACCACCACUCCAGAGUCUGUUAAAUCUUCCUGAAGGUCUUUUGCAGUCAAACGGGAGUUUUUAUUUGCCUUUCUAGCAAUCCAACGAGCAGUUCUUUCAGAAAGUUUUCUUGGUCUUCCAGAUUUCACCUUGACCUCCACUGUUCCUGUUAACCUUCAUUUCUUAACAUUACGAUCUGAGGAAACGGCUACCUGAAAACGCUUCGCUAUCUUCUUGUAGCCUUCUCCUGCUUUGUGAGCAUCAGUUAUUUUAUUUUUCAGAAUGCUAGGGAGUUGCUUGGAGGAGCCCAUGGCUGUUGAUUUUACAGACGAGUUUGAGGAGUCAGAGAAUUUUAUACAGUUUGAAAUCUGCAUCACCUGGCCUUUCGUAAUGAUGACUGUUUACAAGCCAUAGCUCAAUAAGCUAAUUAAAGUGCCAUUCCACCAUUGGAUGUAUUUUUUUGGCAUAAAAUACAAUACA